AUGGUGUCCCAGCUGAGCGCCCUGCAACGGGAGCUGCUGGGCGCCCUGCUCAGCUCCGGGGCCACCAAGGAGGGGCUGAUCCGCGCCCUGGAGGACAUGGUGCCCGCCGCCGGCUUCGGCGUCAAGCUGGAGAGCCUUCCGCUGUCUCCCGGCGGGCCCCCCGACGGCAGGGCCGCCCUCCCGCCGCUGGCCAACGGGCACGGCAAGGGCAAGCUCUCGGGCGACGAGGGCUCCGAGGACGGCGACGACUUUGACACGCCGCAGAUCCUCCGCGAGCUGCAGUCGCUCAACACGGAGGAGGCCGUGGAGCAGCGGGCAGAGGUGGAGAGGAUGAUCAGUGAGGACCCGUGGCGGGCAGCGAAGAUGAUCAAGGGGUACAUGCAGCAGCACAACAUCCCGCAGCGGGAGGUGGUGGAUGUCACCGGCCUCAACCAGUCCCACCUCUCCCAGCACCUCAACAAGGGCACCCCCAUGAAGACCCAGAAGAGAGCUGCCCUGUACACGUGGUACGUCCGCAAGCAGCGGGAGAUCCUCCGGCAGUUCAACCAGACAGUCCAGGGUUGUGGAAAUAUGACAGACAAAGGCAGUCAGGAUCAGCUGCUGUUUCUCUUUCCAGAGUUCAAUCAGCAGAACCAGGGGGCUGCCCAGCUCGACGACGCCUGCUCUGAAACCCCCAGCAAGAAGAUGCGGCGCAAUCGGUUCAAGUGGGGGCCGGCCUCCCAGCAAAUCUUGUACCAAGCCUACGAGCGCCAGAAGAACCCCAGCAAGGAGGAACGAGAGACCCUGGUAGAGGAGUGCAACAGGGCCGAAUGUCUGCAGCGAGGAGUGUCCCCCUCCAAGGCACACGGGCUGGGCUCCAACCUGGUCACCGAGGUCCGUGUGUACAACUGGUUUGCCAACCGGCGCAAGGAGGAGGCUUUCCGCCAGAAACUGGCCAUGGACGCCUACAGCUCGGGCCAGCCCCCGCACAGCAUGAACCUGCUGCUGUCCCACGGCUCCCCACACCACAACCAGCCCAGCGCCUCCCCGCCCAGCAAAAUGCCAGGGGUCCGCUACAGCCAGGCGGCGAGUGGCGAGGCGGCGUCCUCGGGGGCCAUCGGCCACCACGGCAGCGGUGCCAUGGUCACCACCAGCCAGGCUGUCCUGCAGCAGGUCUCCCCGGCCAGCCUGGACCCGGGCCACGGUUUGCUGUCUCCCGAAGGUAAAAUGAUCUCCGUGUCGGGGGGCGGGCUGCCCCCGGUGAGCACCCUGACCAACAUCCACAGCCUGUCCCACCACAACCCGCAGCAAUCCCAGAACCUCAUCAUGACGCCUCUCUCGGGAGUCAUGGCCAUCGCCCAGAGUCUGAACACCUCCCAGGCUCAGAGUGUCCCCGUCAUCAACAGCGUGGCUGGCAGCCUGGCAGCCCUGCAGCCGGUGCAGUUCUCGCAGCAGCUGCACAGCCCGCACCAGCAGCCGCUGAUGCAGCAGUCCCCCGGCCACAUGCCGCAGCAGCCCUUCAUGGCCACCGUCACCCAGCUGCAGAACUCUCACAUGUACGCGCACAAACAGGAGCCUCCCCAGUAUUCCCACACCUCCCGCUUCCCCUCGGCCAUGGUGGUGACGGACACCAGCAGCAUCAGCACGCUCACCAACAUGUCUUCCAGCAAGCAGUGUCCCCUGCAAGCCUGGUGAUGCUCCACACCUCGCUGCUUUUGCACAUAGCAACGGGAUCUUAUUUUCCACAACAUCCCGAGGGCGAGCUGCGCUCACAGCCCGGGAGUCGCCUGCCAGAGCACAGCCCAGCAGCGAGGAGCCCGACACGGAGCCGGG